AGGGAAAGAAUAGCAGCAACAGCCAACGGGGUCGUCAGAUCAAACAUUGCACGCGGCAAAACCAGCGACCAAAACAGGGAGCUUUCGGAAGCCACCGUUCCGCCACCUACUUCCACCGUCUUCUCCUCCCAUUUGGGUAACUCGUGAGAGAUUUUGAAUAACAUGGAGGAAAUAGGCAAGGAAGAGGGGAAAGUUAUAGAGGAGGAAGGUCUGAACCAAACCCAUGACCAUGCACAGCUUGAGGGGGCUCAAGAACCCAAACCCAACUCUGUUGAUAGUGUUAUAGUGGAGAUGCAGAAGCUUAUUGGUGACAGUGGUGUUGAAAUGCCUAGUGCAAUCGAGGGUCCGGUUGAUUCAGCUCCCACUGCUGAAAUUUUUGCUGAUACUAACAAUGAAAUGCAGGGCGGAAGUGAUAAGGUUGUUAGUGAUAUGGAUUCUGAUGUGCAUCGUGAGAGUGAGGUGUGUUUGAAGGUGGUGAGUGAUAAGGUUGUUAGUAAUGCGGAGUCUGAUAUGCAUUGUGAGGGUGAGGUGUGUUUGAGGGUUGAGAGUGAUAAGGUUGUUAGUAAUGCGGAGUCUGAUGUGCAUUGUGAGGGUGAGGUGUGUUUGAAGUUUGAGAGUGAUAAGGUUGUUAGUAAUGUGGAGUCUGAUGUGCAUUGUGAGACUGAGGUGUGUUUGAAAGUUGAAGGUGAUAAUGUUGUGGAGAAUGUGGAUUCUGAUGUGCAACGUGAGAGUGAGGUAUGUGUGGAGAAUGUAAGUGAAGAGAAAAGUGAAAAAGGGGAAGAGGUGAAGCUUAGCAAAGCUGUCGAGUUAGAUGGUGGUGCUCAGACUGGUGAUCUUGAUAGUAAUGGGGACCAAACAGCUCAGAAUACUAUGGAGACUGAAAAGAAAGAUAAUGAUGGUAAGGAAGGGAAGGCACUGAAGGAUGGGGUGACCAGCAAGGCCAACCCCUCCAAUGAAGCGCAUACGAAUGCUGAAACUGAUGUUGUUGUCAGUCGGGUGGAACCUGAUAUGUGUUGUGAUAGUGAAGUAGCAAAGGAAAAACUGACGGAUGGGGCAAGAAGCAAGGCUAACCCCUCCAGUAAACCACUUACAAGUGCUGAAACUGAUUGUGUUUAUGGUAAGUUGGAGAACUAUAUGCCUCGUGACAGUAAGACUGCAAAGGAGAAGCUGGUCGAUGCGGUGAGCAGAAAAGCCAAGCGCUCCCCCAGUGGACCACAUAGUAUUGUUAAACAACUUAAAGCCAAUAAUGUUUGUAAGGUAGAGCGUGGCAUGCCUCAAGAUAAUGAGGUAUCAAUGGAGACUGAAUCUGAGUCUGAUGACGACGAUGAGAAAGGACAUGCAAUAACUGGUCGGUUGAGCAGCAAAACAAAGUUCUCUCUACAUCAACAACUUUCAAAACCCAAGUUUCAUGUAGAACGAGAGGUUGGGAUGAAGAGUUUGGGUACAGAGAGAACCUUUCUCUUGGAUCCAGAUGAGGAGGGUGAUGAGUCGGGGACUGAAGAGGAGCAAGCUGAAUUCAUGAAGGAGGUGGAUAAUUUUUACAAAGAGAAGCACAUGGAAUUCAAACCCCCAAAGUUUUACAAAGAGGAAUUGAAUUUGCUCAAGUUAUGGAGAGCUGUGAUCAAACUUGGCGGCUAUGAAAAGGUUACUGCAUGCAAGUUGUGGCGGCAGGUUGGAGAAUCAUUCAAUCCCCCAAAGACUUGUACUACUGUCUCAUGGACUUUUCGGAUUUUCUAUGAGAAGGCAUUACUUGAGUUUGAAAAGCAUAGAUGGCAUGGGAGUGAGCUUGCUCUUCCUGAACCUUCUAGAGUUGAGAUUCGGGCUGAUGGUAGUCAAACUUGUGGAUCAGGCAGGACACUAAGGGAUGCUGCAGCUCGUGCCAUGCAGGGUUGGCACUCUCAACGCCUUCUUGGAAAUGGCGAGGAGAAGCCUUUGAGUACUAUGCCAAAAAUUGACAAGCCGCUUAAAAGCUCUGGUUUGCUAAAGCGGAAAAAACUAUCUCCUGGAGAUUACGCUGCCCAGGUUACUGACAUGAGAGCGACAAAGCCACGAUUAGAUAUGACGGUAUUUGAUAUUGGGCCCCCAGCAGAUUGGGUGAAGAUUAAUGUGAAACGAUUUAGCGACUGCUUCGAGGUAUAUGCCCUAGUUCCUGGACUUCUGCGUGAGGAGGUGCAUGUUCAAUCUGAUCCAAUUGGACGCUUGAUUAUUUCUGGUCAACCUCUGCAACUGGACAAUCCUUGGGGUGUCACACCCUUUAAGAAGGUUGUCAGCUUACCUUCAAGAAUUGAUCCACAUCAGACAUCUGCUGUAGUGACCUUGAAUGGCCAGUUGUUUGUGCGUGUUCCAUUUGAACAGUCAGAUUAUUGAAAUGUAGGGAUGUGUAUCCCGUCUGUCUGGCAUGUACAAAAAGCCCAAGUUACUUAGAUGGUAGAAGAUAAUUUGGUUGGUUCGCACUUGGAAAAGCUUAUAUAGUUUGUCUGUUCGCCAUUCUAUAUCUUCUUUUUUUGGAAGCAGUUUAUAGCAUAUAGAUUUGUCUAUGGAUGAGCUGUUUUUUGGAUGCAAAUAGUUCUGAUUGUCGACGAGAUGGUUUCUGUACAAACAUGCUCGUAUGGCCCAAUCUGUGCCUUAAUGUUAUAUCUCUUGUGUUUGG